AUGGAGGCGAUCUUCUCUGAGACGCCGAGCAACAUUUCCUCUAUUGUAAACUCUUCGUCUUCAGUCUCCGAGUCAAGGAAUGAGGCACUGAUCACAUUACUGCUUGGCACCAUUCUGACCAUGAUGUGCCUGAUGGGGAUUGCAGGUAAUGUCUAUAUCCUGGUGGUGAUGACCCUAUCCAUGAGGUUUACUGGUUCCAUGUAUGUGUAUAUUGUAAAUUUGGCCUUCGCUGAUCUUCUUUAUCUCUCCACCAUCCCCUUUGUGGUGUGCACCUACUUCAUGAAGGACUGGUACUUUGGAGAAGUUGGCUGUAGGAUCCUUUUCAGCUUAGACUUUCUGACCAUGCAGGCCAGCAUCUUCAUCCUGACUAUUAUGAGCACUGAGAGAUACCUGGCAGUGGUCAAACCUUUGGAUACUUUGAGGAGAAACAGGGCCUACAGAAGGAUCAUUACUUGUGCAGUUUGGUUCAUGUCUUUUGUCCUCGCGCUUCCAAGCAUGAUAAUGAUUGAUCUCCGAGAAUUUGACAAGAAUGGGGCAAUAAAACGUAUGUGCCACUCUACAUGGCCACAAAAAGCAUACAAAGUCUAUCUGACUGUACUUUUCCACACCUGUAUAUUGGCUCCAGGGAUAGUAAUUGGAUUCUUGUACAUAAAGUUGGCCCGUACUUACUGGAUGUCCCAAACCACGACUUUCAACAACAGAGAAGUGAAGAGGUCCCCCAAACAGAAGAUCCUCUAUAUGAUUUUGACUAUUGUCCUUGCCUAUUGUGUCUGCUUCUUGCCUUUUUGGGUAUGGCAAUUGUUCACUCUCUAUUACAACGAAACUGCAAAUCUUGCUCCCAAAACCACUGCCUAUGUUAAUUUUUUUGUAACUUGUUUGGCAUACGGCAACAGUUGUAUCAACCCUUUCCUCUAUACCUUACUGACAAAAAAUUACAAGGAGUACGUGAGAAAUCAGCAAAGGAAAUUCCUGGAGUUCUCACAAAGGAAACACUACAGGAAUUCAUCCCAAAGAUCAGUGUCUUCUGGGAGUCAACAGUGCACAGAUAAUGUGUCACACAACUAA